CUUCAUUAUAAUUGUAAAAAGUUUAGUUUUAACAUGUUGGUUGAUUUUAGAGCACAAGAAGCAAAUACUUUUCAGACCAACAUCCUGCUUCAAAUUCUCAAUUCAAGACGAUUGCUGGCUGACCAUGUGGAAGUUUUGGAAGAGUGUUUAGACAGUUAUAGCUCUUAUCGGAAUGCAAAACGUUCACCCCGGAUUGGAACGGCUUGGAUUUUGCUCAGCUCCGUGUCGGGAGCUGCCGUUCUGCUUCUCGGCAGAAAUCGUUUAAAAUGGACCUCACCUCUACUGGGUAUCGUUGCGGCUUGUGGGGGCAGUUAUUUCUAUAAAUGGUUCAAUCUGUACAAUUACAAUCGCCAACAUCGAAUUCUUGCUGAAUUAAUUCAAUCGUUUGAACUGUUUGAGGCAGCAGUAAGAAAAAAUAUUCUUUUUCUGCAUGAAAGUCAAUACAUUCGAACGGUUCGGGCUUCGUUGGAGAAGACGGGUACCGGAGAGGACGUUUACAUCGGUGAAUUGUUCCACUGUUUAGUGGAAACAAUUAGAAGCAUUCACAGUGCCCUAAAAACGCUGGAGUUACAGUUUCGUCUCGAUGACAAGUGGAGUCAUUUGUACACGCCUAUGGAAGAACUAAAUGACUGUGACCUUUUGCAGGCGAAUAACUCAACGAACGAAAUAAAUCUUAGAAUAAUUAAGGACAUUUACAACGUUUUCGCUUAUGUUCAAUCUCAGUAUCUAGUUCGAUUGGGCCUUAGCGUUGCGAGCGAAGCUUCUAACCCAGUCCUGUAUACCUUACCGCCACUUACAGUGCGUAUUCAAAAAGCAACUGGUGACUGUCUCAAAAAGGUCAGCAAAAUUGUCGAAUCUAGCCGGCAACGAGUUGCUCGGAUACGUUCUUGCACCUACCAAUUACCUCCUGAAGUGUUAAAUUUAAGGACAAAUUCGUUAGCGCUUUUGGCUAAGCUUGUCAGUGCAAUACAUCAGUUCAAUGCAUUGGAUGAGUCCCUUGAGGGUAUACUGCAACGUUGUGACCAACAACCACAAACUCUCUUGACAUCACUUGAAAGUCUGGAAGAUCCAUUGCAAGUCAUUGCGAACGAACUGCUCGGGUCCGGUGAGGAAUGUCAGCGUUUGCUUGUUAUAUUAAGGAAAGCACUAAACAAGGAGGACUCCUUACAGGGGGAAUCGAGUUUAGCGACCCAGCAGGAAGCAGUUUCAGAAAACAAAGACGGCGAAGACAAGAUCUAUUCCGAACAGGAUAAGCCGAUACUGAGAGACGAAUUUUUUGCCGUUGAUGGCACCGAGGUUACUGAAAGCAAACGUCAGUCGGUAGGUUUUCUGGAAGAUUUAGAGGGAAUCAAUGCAAAAAUCGUUAAAAGGCAUUUCAAACCGGUGCUGAAACAGCUGCGCGAGCGAAUCGAACCUAUCGGAGUGGAGUUUAGAGAGCGCGAAAGGAAAGUUUUGCUUGAUAAAGGUAUUGAUUUGAACCGGCUUGAUGACGAAAUGAAGGAACUUGUAAGAAACAACCCGUCUUACUGCAGCGAAUCGGAAGACGAUGAAGAGUGUACCACCGUGAAUGCAGCUAGAGUGUCGCGGAAAAACGAACAGCGAUAUGAUGAUAUGCGAGGAUUUCUAGCCGCCAAAGAGCAGAUGAGUAUAUUUGGAUUGAGACCGAUGAGUAGCCUCGUUAGUGAGGAUGUUCUGGAAUAAUCGCCCGGAACACACGGCGGUAAGUGGCAAUUCAUUAAUCGUUGCUAGUUGUUCUGUAUUAUUUAUCGUUUCAAUAA